AUGGGUAAGAGGAAUAACUCGAGCAAUUCGGGUGGUCUGCCUGUAUUCGCUUCGGAUGCGAAGAAUGCCGCGAAGGCCGUCGUGCUGAGAAAAGCUCAGAAAGUGCGUCGGACUGGGUUCGUUGCCUGGAUCGGGUGGUAUGUUACAAGGAUAACGGCGUUGUACACCCUGUACAUGAUCAUCUUCCGCUGCCCUACCGAUCCCUCCUCGACAGAUCCAGCAGUCUGCCGCCGCUACGCCGCCGUGCGAGACUUCAUCCACCCCUACGCCGAACCCCUCUACCGAUCCCACGUCCAGCCAUACACAGACCCUUACCUCCAAAAGGCCGCUCCCUACGUCGAGAAGGGACACCACUACUACUCCACUUACGGCGCCCCAGCUGUCCAGAAAGCGCAUACGCAUUACUGGGAUAUUGCACACCCUAGAAUCUUGUCUGGUGCCGCGAUGGCCCAAAAGGAGCUUGAGGAGAGGGCUAAGCCGUUGGUGCAGAAGCAUCUCGUGCAGCGGUUGGAGCCGUAUUAUGAGAGGUAUUUGGCGGGGUAUGUGAGGAGGGUGAAGACGGAUUACACCACGCUUAGGGAUCAGGUUAUCUUGCCUCAGGCGCGUGUUGCGAGUGCGAAGGCGAAUGUGGUUUAUCAUAGCCAUGUUCUCCCCGCUUACAGGCGCGCUGAACCGGUUGUGAAGCGAGUCACUGCGAAGACGCAUGCGUUCUAUCUUGCGGAGGUUCAUCCGCGACUCGUCUCUGCGUUUCACCUUGUAUUGGAUUGGAUCAACUUGCAUAUCGUCCCGCGUGUGAAGGUUUUGUACAUUACUCACGUUCAGCCGCAGUUUGACCGCAUCUCCGACCGCAUCUUCCGGUACAAGCAAGAGAAGGCCGUUGUUGACCAGGUCGUUGAGGAGGCUAAAACCUCCGCUUCUGAGUUGGCUGCUUCUGCGUCUUCCUCAUACCUUGAAAGUCUGUCCUCGUCUGCCUUCGCUACCCCUCUCGCUUCCUACGUGUCUGAGGGUGUCGAAGCCAUGAUUUCGGCCAAGACUGAGCGUGAUUCAAUCUUGUCUAGCCAAAUCCCCGAAGCGACCCCCGAAAUCAGCAUCGAAAUCGCGCGUGAGCAGAUGAAGAUGUGGAGACAAACAGUGCAGUCCGAGGCUGACAACCAGAAAGAAAUCCUCGCUGAACGCGCAAUGGAGAUCGUUCAGGAGGGUCUGGAUCGUUGCGAGGAAGUUGCUGAGCAGAGAUUUAUCGAGUUGAGGGGAUUGGUGGAUGCGGAGAUCGAGACAGUGGAGGAGACGUUGGAGUCCAUUCCGGAGACGAACGUGGAGGCGAGACAGGCAGUGAUCGCUACGGCUGGAAAAGCUAUCCACGCCAAGUCUCUGGAUGUGAGACAGACUGUUCCACAGUUGCGCACUUCGACUAAUGCUCGUGUUAUCGCCCUCCGUGAUUCUACAAUCAACACUGUUGACACGCUCGUUCAGAGGGCUCUUGAGGAAAUGGGUCGCAUCCUUGGGUACGAGAUUGAAGUCGGUGUCACGGCAAAGGAUUGGACAGAGUACCACAAGCUCCGUAAACUCGGACGUGCGACGGAGGAUAAGCUCCUGGAGAUCUCGACGGGUGUGAUGACCCGUGGCCACGAGUGGUCCAACCUUGAGAAACAGGUCGAGAAGGAGGUCAACGCCAUCGCUGCCGACGCCGCGAACCGCCUCGACAUCCUCAAAGGCCACAAGAGUAUCUUCGAGGCAGUGAAGGCGGCAGUCGUCGGUGCACCCGCCCCCGUAGAGACCGAGCAAGCAUUCACGCAGUCCAUCGUGAGCGUUGCAACGGAGGCGAUCGGUGAUGCCGCGGCGUCCUUCACGAGUGUCGUUGCUGCUGCUAUGGAACCCUCUGCAAUCGCCUCCGCAGCUCAAGACGCCAGUGCGAAAAUCUUGGCUGCCGCGGAGGGUGCGCAGCAACUUGUUUUCCACCCCAAGGUCCAAGCCGCCAUUGAUGGUGCGCAGAGUGAGCUCGCUAACGCUGUCCACCGUGUGUCCGAAGUCGCGAGUCAGGCUGUCUAUGGUACUCCUCAAGCCUCUGUUGAGAGUAUCGCUAGUGUUGCGUCCGAGAAGGUCUUUGGAACUCCGGAGGCUCAGGCACUUCAUGAGAAGGUCGUUUCGAGAGCUUCGGAGGUUAUGAUGGGGACGCCGCAGCCAUUCACGGAGAGUGUCAUGUCGAAGGCCUCUGAGGUUAUUUAUGGAACCGAGGAGGGCUUUGCGGGGUCUGUUACUAGCAUUGUUGGCGAGCAGGCUUCUGCUGCUAGCUCUAUCCUGAGUGUACAGUACUCUCAUGCUGCCGAGGUUGUUGACGAUGGUGCGCACUACAUGGCUUCCGUCGCCGCCGCUGCUUCGGAUAAGGUCAAGGGUGCGUACGCUGCUGCUUCGCAGGCUUUGCAGCACGCGGAGGAAGCGGGUUCGUGGGCCGACAGGAUUGCGACGUCUGCGUUCCAGAGUGCUAGCUCUGCUGCUGCUGCUGUGCCUGAGGAGGCUUCCGGGGCUUUCGCUGCUGCUACUAGUCGAGCCUCCGAGGCUUAUGACCGUGCUUUCCAUGCUGCUGAGAGGGCUUCGCGGUCGGCUGCUUCUGCUGCUGCUGCGGCUACUUCGUCUCAGGGAGUUAUUGAGAGCUUGGCUUCAGUUGCUUCUGCCAAGGUUGUUGGAGAGGAAAUCGAGACUCCCACGAGCAGGUUCGUCGAGCGUGCUGCUUCGAGUGUCGUUGAGGAGAUUGAGCAUGCUACGGAGAAAGCGAAGGCGUUCAUUCGUGAUGAGCUGUAA